CCGCUGCCCUGGGCCCUGCCGGGGCGACAUCGCCUCAGCGGCCUCUCCUGCCCCAAACCCUGCGUGGUGGUAGGAAGGGAAUCGCCCUUGGGAGCUUUGGCUUUGCUGAGGUGUAAAAUAAUGUCAUUACAGGGCUUCCGAGGGAAAAUAAACCACAGAUACAGGAGAGAUACAUGUGUAUGCACUUCGCUGUGUGAUUACAUUAACAGAGGGCAUUUCUAGACACAACCAGUUCAGUGGUCCUGUUUUGACCGCGUCUGCUGUGCCAGCAGAUCAGUUAGCGCAAUUAAGAACCAGGGAGCCCCCAAAGACAAGAGAGAUGGAGCAAGCAGCAGGACAGGCUGUUAGGUGCAGCUGCCGGAGGACUCCUGAUGGGGAGCUGCCGUGGCUUCCCAGAGGACGGGUUUGCUGAACUGCACCGUGGGCACCCAGACUCUCUGCUGACUAACCCACAUACCCAUCCUUGCGAUGCAGCUUAUUCUGAAGCCCUCUGAUUCUCCUCCAAGUGGCUAUGCCGAAAGGAAUCCUCCUCUAGGAGGGAGCACAAAUGAUUUGCAUGCUCGUUUUCAUAGGAGAGAAUGACACUGAACAUCUUAUGGGUCAUGAAGCUUAGCUUCAGGAACUGUGAUGACAGCAACAUUCUGACGAAGGAUGAAAUAAGAAGAAACAGACUAUUAUUAGAAAGCAGUGGAAAGACUGAAAAGCCUUUACAGAAUGAUCAGACAAAACAAGCCUUCCUGCUGAGCCUGUCCAGUGUACAUCCUGAUACAGACAAGAUCAUUCCUAUUAUGUUUAGACCUCCGGCCUUCAUGCCCAUAUGUCUUCCAUUGGUUGUUGCUUCAUCUCUUCAACUCCAGGCCAAGCAAGCUUUUUUUUGCCAGUUUGCGUUUCACAUGUACAACACAGGAUUCGCCCUAGUCCAUGGCAAUGGUACUGCAAAGUGUGAAGAUUACAUACUGCAACAAAAGCAGAUCUUCUGUGGCUUGGGAGCCAUUUCCUACGCAGCAGUUGUUGGUGCUCUUCCUCUUAUCUUCAUGAAUCGUUACACGUUGAAGAGUCCGUUAGCGGAACUAGUUGUCAAAAAACUUUUACCUGCUCCUCUUCUUGGCUUGAUGAGUGCAUUUACUGUGGCAGUGGUGAGAAGCCCAGAGUUUGAGAAUGGAAUCGAAGUGAUGGACAGGAAUGGCAAAAUUGUAGGAGUGUCACAGAAGGCUGGUGAGAAGGCCGUUAAAGAAACAGCAUUGUCAAGAGCAGUCUUGUUUGGGACAACAUUCUCCCUGCCAAGUGUGCUUACGAGCUUUGUGGGAAGAGCAAAAUUUGCAAAAACUCCACGAACUUUGGCUUUAGUGAGACUGCUUGUGCUGACAUCAGUACUGACAGGGAUGCUGCCAGCCUCGCUCAGUAUGUUCUCGCAGUGUGGGGAGAUAAAGCGAGCAGACCUGGAACCGGAAAUUCAGGCAUCUACAGAAGAAACAGUGUUGUUCUACAACAAGGGAAUUUAGAGACUGGCUUUAAUAUAUCACCCUGUGCUCUGACUGAAGUGAAUCCUGAAUGCAUCAACAAGUUCCAGUGGCCUACAUGACCCAC